CGUGGGUGGCUGGGCGCCACCCGCUCACCCACUCUCGCACUCUACCGGUAGUGCUCUGUUUUAACGGAUCUCAAUCGAUCAUUGAGCUAUGCCUCAGCAGGGGGCCUCGGAUAGCGAUGGGGAGGGAAAUGGGGGUCACCACCAUUACACCUCAGGUGCGAGAUGGGAGGCAGGAAUCAUGCCGGAGGCAUGCUGGCGGGAGCGACGAAGGCAGUCUCGACGGCGACGAGCAGGACAUCGAUCUCGACGCAGGCGACGAGGCUCGGGAAAGCAGAGCCCCGUUAGGAUGAUGAGCAAGCGGCGCCGAGCGUCCAUGGAGGAGCAAGACCAGGAAGGUGGAGGAGGAACAUGGGAGCACGGCAAGAUUUAUCGAGAUCUGUUUGGAUCAUCGGCUACGGCGACGACGAUCAGUCAGCUCAACAAUGGCUAUGGGAUAGGAUUGGGUUGCCCGAAGUGGCUGCGUGGUGGAGAGACAUUUGGCAAGAAAAUGGAUAUGGGAGAACACUUCACAGGGGGAGGCAGAGCAGGAGGAUGGCGCGACCCAGUGGGUCAAUUCACAGGUGCAACCUCGCAGAGGCGUACUCCUUUUUGCUUCAACAGCGGCCGCAAGGUCCGCAUUGACUGGCGCCGAAUUCAUGCAGUUGAUAUUGACCGCGUCGUCAGACAGACAGAUAUUGAGUCACUUGAAUCAGUUCUGGAAAUGAUUGCAUUCGGUGAUGUGGAGGCUGAGGACACAAGACACUUCUGUGAGGUCAAUUUCACAAAACUAUUCCGAAUAGCACAAAUGCUGGUUGAGUACCUUCUGCAUGUGCAAGAUGUUCUAGCUGCAGAGAAAUCUGAGCUUCUAGAACUGGCGACAUCACUUAAGAAGCGUGCAGAAAAAUUGCGAUGUAAAGCGGUGUGGCUCUAUGACGAAUUGAAUGCCAAGCGUAGGCAUUUGAAGCAGGCCAAGAAGGCCAACUCCGAAAGGCCAGUUCUAGAAACCUCUACGUUGGCCCUUCGGUACUGUAGCAGCUACGACUUUGCCCUUUCAGACCGUUACAUCUCGGCUGUCCCGGUGUACUUUGCACCGCACGCAUGUGAACCUGUCACUUUUGACGUGUUGGACACCGACUUCGAUGUCAUUUUGGGGAUGCCAUGGCUUUCUAGCGCGGACCACACGGUCAAUUUCCAUCGACGYACGCUCACGAUUCGUGAUGCAACUGGCGUCGAGGUCCCGUGUACUAUUCGUCCUCCUCGCUCUUCCAUUCGGUGCCAAGUCGUGAGUGCCAAAUCUUUUCGAGACACAUGCCGUUCCGAGCAUGUCGAAGAGAUUGGCAUCGCUUUUUUUCGAACCGUCCCGACGACCGAUUCAUCGUCCACGGAUGUGUCUUCCGACCCCCGUGUGACCCGGUUGUUAGACGAGUUCUCGAUUGUUUUUGAGACACCCUCCGGUAUAGUGCCGGACUGGCCAAUCUCUCACGAGAUCAUACUUGAGGUCGGCGCCGUGCCAACGAAAAGAUGCAUUUAUCGCAUGUCCGAGGAGGAGCUCACGGUUCUCCGUGCGCAACUAGACGAUCUACUUGACAAGGGUUGGAUCCGCCCUAGCAGCUCACCUUACGGUGCGCCCGUUCUCUUCGUUCAGAAGAAGAACAAGGACCUUCGACUUUGCAUUGACUACCGAUGCCUCAACGCGCAAACCAUCAAGAACGCGGGCCCUCUACCUCGCAUUGACAAUUUGCUGGAGCGGUUAGGCGGCGCCAAGUACUUUUCCAAGUUGGACCUCAAGUCGGGCUACCAUCAGAUUUCCAUCCGCCCACAAGAUCGGUACAAAACCGCGUUUAAGACGCGAUAUGGGCAUUUUGAGUGGGUAGUUAUGCCUUUUGGCCUCACCAAUGCCCCGGCCACCUUUCAGGCGGCCAUGACCACCGAGUUUCGCGCUAUGUUGGACCGCUUCGUCUUGGUCUACUUAGACGACAUCCUCGUCUAUAGCCGAACUCUAGAGGAGCAUCUCGAGCACCUUCGCCGUGUUCUAGAGACUCUUCGGUCAGCCGGGUACAAAGCUAACCACGACAAAUGCGAGUUUGUCCGGCAAGAGCUUGAAUACUUGGGUCAUUUUGUCUCUCCGAAAGGCAUUCGUCCAUUGGCGGACAAGAUUCAAGCCAUCCAGGAGUGGCCCGAGCCGAAGAAUGUGACGGACGUCCGAUCCUUCCCCGACUUGGCCGGUUAUUAUCAGCGUUUCAUCAAGAGUUACUCGAAGAUCGCGGCCAACCUAAGCAAGUUACAAAGCGAGGAGCAGACUUUUGACUUCGACGACGAUGCGCGCCAUUCUUUUGAAACACUCAAAGCGGCACUCUUAUCCGCUGAGGUGUUACAUAUUUACGACCCGCUUCUAGCUACGCGCGUCACUACCGAUGCGUCGGGCUAUGGCAUURGGGCCAUCCUUGAGCAACACGAUGGCACGGACUGGCACCCACAGACGAAGUUGAAGGUGAUUGCGGAGGAACAGGCGACGAAGAUGAAAGAGAUAGAGGAGGAGAUGGAGAGAAAGAAGAAGGAUGUUGAAGAAGAAGUGGCAGUAGAAGAAGAGAAAGAGAGGAUGAGAAUUGAGAGUAGAGAAGGAAGUAGUGGCACGAAGCGAGACACAGACGCAGAGAUGGAGAAGAAAAUAAUUGAGUGGGUUGCCAACUUAUCGUUGGGUGAAGAUGAGGAGGCACAAAUGUAUGUGCCGCCGGAAGAGAAAGAGGCGUUUGCCAAGGCCCUUGGACUGAUUAAGGACCGAGGAGGAGAAAAGGCUGGAAUGGAAGCUGAGGCUGAAAAGGGAGCAGAAGAAGAGAAGGGAGGAAGCCAACCGGUUGACCGCAGAGGUGGAGAAGGUGUGGCAGAAGAGUUGAAGAAAAGGAUGCCAGCGUGGGCCAAGAUGAAGAAAGAAAGUAAAGGACAACUAAUCUUGAUAGACGUAGAGGUUUUCAAAAGUAGAGUUGGGGCCCUUAUAGACUCAGGGGCCACCCAUAGUUAUAUUAGUCGUAGGGCGCUGACGAAGCUGAGGUUAGGAUUAAAAUUCCAAAAGUUGGCAGACCCCAUUGUCAGUGUCCUCGCAGACAACCGCACAAUGCGCGUUGAGGACUACGUAGAGGGAGUCCAGGCGUACUUUCGCCUAGAGAAGGAUGGGAAGGUGGAAAAAGUUCUCCAUUCCCUGACUCUCCUCAUACAGGAUGACCUUCCUUUUGAUGUAGUGUUAGGAAUGGAUUGGGGAGAGGCAGCAGGGGCCACACUUCAUUUGAGAGAGCACGAGUGUAGGCUCCCUAGCCCGUCAGGCGAGGUUAAGACGGCCCGCCUGUUUCAUGUGUCAGGUGUAGAUAACACCUUGGCACAUUGCUGUCUCAGUGCUCCCGCGUCCGCGCGGUUAGUGAAAAAGGAGCAAUUAGAGGAGCAGGUAUUUGUGGUGUAUGUUAGACAUAUCACCGAGGGCAAGGAAGAGGUAAGUUCCACGGAUCCAUCCAUAGCCAAGUUGCUGGAAGAGUUCAAAGACUUGACGGAGUCGCCAACAGGGGUAGUGUCGCGACCCAUCCAACACAGGAUAGAGAUAGAACCUGGCAGUAGAACUCCUAAGGGUGCAGUUUACAGGAUGUCCCCUAGAGAGUUAGAGGAGCUGCGUAAGCAAUUGCUAAAGAAAGAUGCAAUCUGGCAAUGGGACAAGGACUGUACGUCUGCGCUCAAGAAGUUAAAGCGCGUGUUGAUAGAAUAUCAUGUCCUCAAAGUUGCAGAUCCGUUUUUGCCAUUUGUCGUCACCAUGGACGCGAGUCAGUAUGGGAUAGGCGUCGUGUUGCAGCAAGACGACGGCAAUGGCUAUAGACCCGUAGAGUUCAUGUCAGCAAGGAUGCCCUGUGAGAAGGUCGCUACCUCCACGUACGAGAGAGAACUCUACGCUCUCAGGCAGGCUUUAKACCAUUGGAAGCAYUACCURCUUGGGAGGCACUUCAAAGUGUAUUCGGACCAUGAAACSCUUAGAUGGUUAAAGACUCAGGCCAAGAUGACACCUAAGUUGACUAGGUGRGCYGCAGAGAUAGACCAAUUCGACUUUGAGCUCAAGCCAGUGAAGGGCAAGUACAACGUAGUUGCGGAUGCUCUGAGUAGGAGAUYAKACUACUUUGGAGCCGUAGUACACUAUCUGGAUAUAGGGAGAGACCUGCAGGAGAAAGUGAAGCAAGCGUAUGCACAAGACCCUAUCUAUAGCGACCUCCUAAAGAGAAUUAGGGAGGCCCCAGAGGAUGAACCAGAUUACCACACUACAGAUGGGUUGUUGUUUGAGAAGACUAAUGUGUUUGACCGCUUGUACGAAGUCCAAGAGGAGCAGCAACGCGAGGCAGCAGCCGAAGCAGCACGCCUUAAUGCCAUUGUACACGCAGAAGAGCAACGACGCCGGCAGCAAGCUGACGCAGCUGCCAACCACAACAAAGCUCGAAGAGAUGCCGCGUUUGUCCUCAUGCAGCAGGAAGCCGCUCAUACCGCCGCACUCCAAGCAUGGCAUGUUGAUCCGGCGGAAACAACGGAACCAACUACGGAGGACCAGACUAAGUCAGCUCUCGCCAACAUGAUGCACCAAGUCAUCCUCACUUGUAACUGGCAACAAGUGGAGCUGGCUCGGCAGGCACGUACCAUUACUGAGUACGAGGAGACUCUCAAGAGCCUCCACGCCCGCCUUGACAUGCUGGAGAAGGAUGACGUGUAGCACAGGCACAUGACAUCGUUAAGCAUCGAGCUAUCGAUCCG